AUGGAUUACGACGAUCUAGAUACACAAGAAGCCCAGACCAGGGUGAACCAGUAUCUACAAGAACUGCCGGAUGAACCUUCGCCUGACCAAGUUUGCAUCAACUGCCAGUUACGACCGCGGGGUGGACCUUGUACUGUACUGUGUACCGAGUGUCUGCGCUUCACAUGGCAGCAAUGCCAUCUCUGCUUGCGCAACUUACCCUCUGUACAACGAAGAGGAUUCUGCUCUCGAUGUGUCCCGAUUCGGGGUUUCGAAAGAACUCAGUCAUCAGUCGAUCCAGCAUGGGAGGAGGGACGACGUGAUGCCAUAUUUAUCUUGACGUCGUUUUAUAGACCCAUGCCCCGAUGCUACGUUUGCGGCAAGUUCCUCGAAGAAGGCCACGAAUGCUCAGACUGCGCCUACGACCAGGAACUAUAUACUAACGACACUCGCCUGCAAGGAGAAACAGCCAUCUUCGAUGGUGCCGACAACCCGGAGCUUACCCAUGCUGCCGAUCGUGAUGAGGUAUAG